AUGGAAUUUUCAGGAACAGAGGCCUAUCUAUUGCCGAUGGAGCCUAGCUUUUACCUUUACCAGUGCGAUGAAUUUCGCUUGAUACAGGCCUUAGCUAAGCGCCUUGGAAGGAAAACACGCCCUCAUGGCCCGCAACGUUUUACAAAGGUCAAAGAAGGCUUCGAAGCGAAUGAUCUCUUGGACCUCACCCUCAAAACUUCGACAUUGUCACCGGACGUCCCUCCUGAUGUACAUGUACAUACUUUACCAAAAUACAACAACGCGGGAGCCGCGCAACAAGCUGUUCUUAACGCCCUUUUUCAAGGCUUCCAAUGCAACAACCGCGAAGUCAUGCUCGGCGAUGGUAGCUUGUUUGACUGUACCGAAAAUAUAUGUAACCAACUACAAGACGAUUCAAAUCGAGCCAAACUAUUAGGCUUAACUAUAAGAGGAGGUGAUGUCUUUGGAACUUGGAACGGCCUUCCCUCGGAAGAGUUCAGUGCCGACCCAUCGUCAAGCCUAGGUUACCGCAUUCUCGACUUUUUCGACGCAGAGUGGGAUUCAAAGAACACUCAUCUCGUUCAAUCUACGGGAUCCGUUAACCAGGAUGUGCUUCUCUUCAUGGCCUUCUCCUCGGGGCUUCCGCCAUCAGAAGAGCUACUUAAAUUUGAGACUGGCCAUCCAGCUCUAGUGUCGUUCGCCAAGAUUCUUCUCGAAAUUCAUACCGGGAAGACCACAUCUAUCACAACGGAACAUUGGGAAAUUGUCAGCAACCUGGAGCUUGCUAUGAAGGUAGGGCCGAGCACGAAGAAGCGAUAUCGAUCGGAGUCACCAGUUCCGACCUCUACUGCUAACAGUGAAACAAGGCCCUCCGGAGCCCGAGAUCAAAGAACCAGUGCCGAUACACCCUUAGCUCACCCUUCUAUCCAAUUAGACGCCAACGGAGACUCUGAAAGAGAACUGAUGCCUUCACAAAGGAAGAAACGACUCGCUCACUCACGCAGAGAGCGGGCUUUAAAUCACUCCUCUUCUUCUUCAGCGGGUUUACCAGAGCGAUCAAAAGACUGUUCGAGCGCAUCUUUUAUUCAUUUCUAUGGUGAAGCAUCUAGAGUUUCUUUGCAAUCAGAACCUAGAGAGGGAAGCGCUCAUCGGAUGGAAUGGCUAGCAAGUAUUCGGGACAAACUAUUACUUUCGAAAACACCACACGAGGAUGUAGAGACGGUUCGAAUAGCGAUAAUCGACACGGGUAUAGAUACUUCUCAUCCUUAUAUAUCUUCUAGCUACGGGCCGAAAGGCGAUGAUCCGGUUUCUGUGAAAUUUCACGAUUUUCUGAGCAAGCCUCUUCCGUUCCAAUCGAUGAAGAUGGACAUGGCACGUUCAUUGCUGGAAUUAUACUCCAGCUCAUGCCGAACGCUAUCGAGCGCGCUGUUGAGUGGGGGGCGGACAUUAUCUCGUUGUCGUUCGGUUUCUGCCGAACGACCGACAAUUUACAAGAAGCGAUUAACCUUGCCGCUAACAAGCAUAAUAAUACUUGCCGCAGUGGGGAACUUAGGCAACCAUCAGCAAUUGCAAUAUCCAGCUAAUGAGGACCGUGUCUUCAAAAUUUUCGCAACUGACCACCUUGGUUACAAGGUCGAGUCAUGUCCUCCUUUGAUUGACACACGAUACACUUUCGGGGCAUUAGGACACGAUAUUGAGUCCAUAUGGCCUCUGCAAAUAGAACCGCCUACUGUCUCUGCUAGGUCGACAACCAAAGCUCCUUGGACGCGCUUGUCCGGAUCAUCGUUUUCAACCCCGGUUGCUGCUGCUAUCGUGGCGAUCAUAUUUCAAUUUUGCUACGAAUAUCCUACUAUAAUGGAUGUAGGCGAGAAGCUCCCCUGCCUCAAAACGAUUCGAGCAGUACGUGCAAUACUGAAAUCCAUGAGCCUUAACUCGGAAGAUCACAAAUACAAUUAUUUGAAGCCCGACAUUGGAAGCGACAACCACAGCCUAGAAGCAGAUAGGUUGAAAGAGAAAUAUGACAAUCACGGUUUGGCACACUACUUCGCACUCAAAAUAAGAGAGGCUGUCAACCUGUAA